AACAUGCCAAGCUCAGACGCUCGGUACUGUCCUCGUACCAAGGUAACUUUGGCAUCAAUACAGUAGCCAAAGACGAUCUCCAACUGCCUGUGCCUUGACCACUUGUGACAUGUGUUCUAGAUAAGACACAGAUCAUUUGAGAUGUCCGUCUCAUUCGCCUCAAGUCUUUUUCCGCCCGUGGGCGUAUUUAGACGCAAGGACAGUAAUCGUCGCCAACGUCAACAUACCUUUCCUCUGAGCAGCAGUUCGCGAAAGAAGGAUCGAAGGUUUGCAAGCCCCGAUCUUUGGAUGUGGCAAAUAGUGUACGAGAAAAAGUUUUUCUAAUGAUUUGAUACAGAUGGCCGUUGGUAUUGAGGUUCACAAAAGGGUCGAUCCAUCGCAGUAUGUUUUGCCCUCCUUCUUGAGCGCCAAGUUUGGCACUUCCCUUACCACACUCAGAUACUGAAGUUUUAUAGCUAUUCUCUUGCCGGUUACAAUCCAUGCAUUACUAGCAGCGUUCAUUGUAUACGUCAACCAACACAUAAACAGCGACUUCAACCUUCCUAGCAGUAUCGUGAGUCCCGACUCCCAGAAAUGGCCUGGGUUGUUUACUAGCACGUGCACGACUGACUUGAGGCAUUUAGAUACCCUCACUCUCUAUAGUCGUUGGUCUCAUGCUGGUAUUCCGCAACCAAACAGCAUACUCUCGGUUCUGGGGCGGAAGAAUCCAUCUCAAUAAAGUAACAACAGCCAUUCGAUGUCUCUCCCGGCAAUUUCUGGUCUUGGUACCACCUCCGGAGCUCCCAUCUUUUCAUUCCGUGUUAUCCACUGAUAGCAUGCUUCCGCAAAAUAUCAGGACUCAAUCGUCUUUCUCGGUAACACGGGAGAGUUCUGGUGUUACAGCUGGAAAUGGAGCUUUGUGUACCAAAUGGGAGGAGACGCGUACGAUUGAGACAGUCAAGAUUUUGAUUGCUAUGCUCUAUACUAUUAAGAACCAUUUGAGAGCUGAGUGGGGUGUCGCUUUAAGUCCGGGAACGAGCCUUACAGCCGAUGGACAGGAAGCUACAACUGAGGAGUACAAAGACCUACUACCCAUGGGGUUGAAGGGGUAUGAGCACAGAGGCUUAGGCCUAACACUUGAACUAGCUACCUUCGUUGAGAAGUUUAUAAACGAGGGCGUGCAGAAGUAAGUUUUGAGACUGCUCGCUACCCGUAACUCGCUAACCCAAUUUCAGAGGGUGGUUUCAUAACGCGGCUUCGUCAAGAAUGCUUACAUCUUUGGAUGAGCUCAUAUCGGCUUACGGAAAUAUGGAAGUUAUUCGUUUAGUGCCAAUUCCUGUUGCACAUUUGUAAGUUUCCAGAACUUGUCGCACUUUACCAGAUCUAACAAAAUCUUAGAAUUCAUCACAAGCAAACCCUCGCUCUAUUUUGUGGAAUUCUCCCCUUUGCCAUGGCCGCUGAAAUGGACUGGUGGGCAGUUCCACUCGUAGCUUUCGUUGCUUUCACCUUGUGAGUCAAAAUCGGACGUCCCAUGCAUCAGCUAUUGGCAUCUAAUAAGAAUAGAUACGGAAUUGAAGGCAUAGCAGCAACAUACGAAGACCCCUUCGGCGUCGCCAAGAUCGACAUCAACAUGGACGACAUUGUCGAAGACGCCCGACGAGAAGUCGAAGUCCUCCUCACAGCCUGGCAAACCCAGGGUACCAACGGAGGCAUCUUCUGUCCUCGUACGGGGAUUGGCGAAAUGCCACUCUCAAGCGCUAGUAGCAUUUUCCACAACGACAUGAAUGAUGAAAAUGAAGGGCCAAUGGGGAGAAGUCAGAGCCAACUGAGAUUUAUGACGAAUGAGAGGGGCGAGGGCAGGUAUAGAGAUGAUGAUAAUGAUACGGUGAGGGGCGUUAGGAUGGGGUUUGCUAGCCCUGGGGCGGAAACGGAGAAUAGUGAGUAUUUCAGUGCGUAGAUGGAUGGUAUGGGAAGGGGAAGAGGAAGUGACGAUGCAUGCAAUUGGGUUUUCGGGGAUUAGAUGAGAUUGGGAAAGAUUUAGCAUUUAGAGGGCAUAAUGGGCAUUCGUUUGGUCGUUUAGCGGGAGGGGUCUGAUUUUUUUGCUUUUCUGCAUGGGUUAUGUUAUACGUUUAGAUGGAAACUCCACGAAUUCGGGAUGAGAUGCUAAAGAGACUGACAGGAGAUAGAAUCAAGGGGUGCUAAAUUGUUUUAAACUUUAAUUCUUUAGAGAAUAAUACAAUCAAGAAACCAAACUCGGG